AUGCCCUCCAAGGUCGCCAGGGCUGGAAGGAGACGCGAACUUGUCACAACUGCGGCAAGAAGGGCACCUGGACCGCGCCUGCCGCAGCAAGAAGAAGAAGAAGCAGGACGAGACCUCCUCCGCCCCGGCCUCGAAAAACUAGUGCGAUCGCACGACGUUGAGGCCCGCGUCGACCGUCUGCAAUUGGCUUCCGAAGCUCCGCCCUUGGACGUGGAGGAUCCUCUUGACCCCUCCCAUCCCUCCAACGAACCAGCAUGGGCCCGGCCAGAGUCACCAGAACCACAGCAGAGCACGGGCAGACCGCCGCACCUCUCUGCCGCCCUGAGCGUCAUGGGUGAUGCAUUGGCGUUCUAUCGAGGAAUGGUCUACACUCCAGAUCACUUCGUACGAGUCCGCAUGCUUCUUGAUAGCGGCGCCAGUGCGUGGAUCCUCGACACGGAGUACGAUCCCAUUCUAGGUAGAAAUUUCCUCCGUUAA